GCCUGCGGCCAAGCAAAUAAUCCUCAUGAUGACAAGAUGCCGGCAUGCUUGAAGUAGACCCGCCUGGUUUCAACUUGGUCUGGGCCUGCUACGUACUUCAUGCUCUACGCCCAACCAUGAACAAGCUUAGAAAGCCAAAGCCACCCGCCACGAUAUACAGCGCACCGUCAAGUACCCGAACAGCUGGAUCUAACGUUAGACAAUGUUUGGUGUCUGUCCAAAGCAAACCACCAGUAUCUAGAACGAUGCAGAUCGCGAGUGCUUCACUUGCUGUAGAAAGAACCUCUACGUCCAACAACACGCUGGAAUAUCCUAAGACGACAUGGUACUCUACACCUGCUGCUGCUAAGCCUCGCACAUUCGUCGAGCAGUACUGGGCUGCGCGUGCAGUGGUGGCUGAAACGGUGCUGACAACGCGUGUUCAGCAUCAGAAGGAAAUGGCGGAAGUGAGGCUAGGGAUGGAAGAGAAGCGGACGAACCAAUUUGCGGCUCUCGUGCGGGCGAGCGAACAACGGCAGAGCAGGCUCGAAAAGUUUGUUGCAGCCCUUGUAGCAUGUUUUAUGCUUCUCUUCCUUGCGUUGAUUUAUAUACUGCUGCGUGAUUCCCCCAAAUCGAAGGGUACCUCGCACUUUACGAUCCCGAUCCUCUCCCCGUUUACCUCAGUGGUCGAACAUGAAACAGGUAUUAUCAGUGCGAGAUCCGUGUCAAUGUUUAUUGUCGUUCUAGGCAUCUUAUCAUAUGCCAUCUUCCGACAUUUGUUGUCAAAAAAAAGAUAGCCCGUCACGUUGCAAUCCAAUACGUGGCUGACGUAGUCAUGAGGACCACAAUUGACUUCCCAGGGUUUCCUGCUCCUUAUAAGCCAUCCUGGGUCGUGGAGGUUAUGAGGACUAUUUUUUGCCAAGAGCAUGUGCAUACGAUAGUGGCGGUUUGCAUGCCCAUUCCUCGUGUUGUGUCAAGUACAUUGAAUCCAAGUCGACUAUAAGAGAACGAAUAGUACUACUACUAGUUGUUGUUGUUGUACCACCGGAGGAUGACUCCUGAAAUUUUAAAAAUAAACCGAGCAAGCUAGUUCAAUGCAUUGGUUUGGAUCGUGGAGUGAUGGACGUGGGAAAC